AUUUUGGCGUGGAGGUAAAGCUUAAGAGAUUAUUUCUAACUGGUCUCUUCGGGAAGAUUCUAGAAUCAGCUUGAGUAAAUCAUUACAGAAAAUUCAGUGGGUGAUCAACAUUCCAAUUCUGGGAGUCUUUUAUUUCCUUUUCUCUGUUCACAGAUGACACAGUUGAUGACCAGUGGGAAUCAGACAAUGGUGACAGAGUUCCUCUUCUCUCUGUUCCCGCAUCCGCACAGAGGCGGCCUCUCAUUCUUUAUUCCCUUGCUUCUCAUCUACGGAUUUAUCCUAACUGGAAACUUAAUGAUGUUCAUUGUCAUCCAGGUGGACAUGGCCCUGCACACCCCUAUGUAUUUCUUUAUCAGUGUCCUGUCCUUCCUGGAGAUCUGUUAUACCACAACCACCAUCCCUAAGAUGCUCUCCUGCCUAGUCAGUGAGCAGAAGAGCAUCUCUGUGGCUGGAUGCCUCAUGCAGAUGUACUUUUUCCACUCACUUGGUAUCACAGAAGGCUGUGUCCUGACAGCAAUGGCCAUUGACAGGUACAUAGCUAUCUGCAAUCCUCUCCAUUACCCAACCAUCAUGACUCCCAAACUUUGUAUCCAGCUGACCAUUGGAUCCUGCUUUUGUGGCUUCCUCCUUGUGCUCCCUGAGAUUGUGUGGAUUGCCACCUUGCCUUUCUGUGGCUCCAACCAGAUCCACCAGAUAUUCUGUGAUUUCACACCUGUGCUGAGCUUGGCCUGCACAGAUACAUCCCUAGUGAUCAUUGUGGAUGCCAUCCACGCAGUGGAAAUCCUAGCCUCCUUCGUGGUCAUUGCUCUAUCCUACAUUCGAAUUAUUAUGGUGAUUCUGGGAAUGCGCUCGGCUGAAGGUCGUCACAAGGCCUUUUCCACCUGUGCGGCUCACCUUGCUGUGUUCUUGCUAUUUUUUGGCAGUGUGGCUGUCAUGUAUUUGAGAUUCUCGGCCACCUACUCAGUGUUUUGGGACACAGCAAUUGCUGUCACUUUUGUUAUCCUUGCCCCCUUUUUCAAUCCCAUCAUCUAUAGCCUGAGAAACAAGGACAUGAAAGAUGCUAUUGGAAGGCUUCUCCACUAUCAGAAGAGGGCUGGUUGGACUGGGAAAUAGGUAUAGAUCCUGGAGAUUCUGGAAAGCCUCUUGGAAGA